CAUCUACAACCCCUACGCCAACAUGUCUGGCUCCAAUCUACACAACGCUCUUCUCCGCCCGCCAAUAAUCCAGAUCCUGCGCGCAGCAGGCUUUCAUGCGACGCGACCGUCCGUUUUAGACACCCUCGCUGACCUUACCGCUCAAUACAUCAUGAUCCUUGCUUCAUCUACGACUGCCCAUGCUGCAAACGCUCAUCCACAUGACCCUGUUCCGGUCCUCGAAGAUAUCUACCAAGCGCUGCAAGACGCAGGCGCGCUACGACCCCAGCUGCGAGAAUGGGAGGAGGACUGGCAGGGAGAAGAAGAUAUGCGAGGCUUGGAAGGCUUUCUGUCGUGGUUCACUGGGCCGGCCAACCGGGAGAUUCGACGGAUUGCUGGAUUUGUGCCUAGUGAGGGCGACAUGGUCGAUGCGGACGCUCUCGAGAAAGAAGACUUUUUGACGGCAUUGAAGAAGAAACACAGCAAAACAGGCGAAGAGUCGAGAUAUGCGGGAACUGUACUUGGCAAGAGUGCCGACGAGCAUCCUAUUAUCAUCGAGGGUGGCGCGCCCAGUCUCCAAGACUGGGGUUCACAGAUGCGGUCGCGGGCGCCGUACAUGGCUGACAGCGAUUCGUCUGGUGUCAGUAGUGCGCCGAGCAACUUGUCCGAUGGGGAAGGCAUGGAUGUGUGAUGAAACAGCAGACAGGUCGUUUGAAAGCGAGACCACUUCACAAUACACUGCAACCAGGCUGUCGGUCGUCUGCAGCCCGACAAGCCAGACUCAAGACGCCUAGCUGCAACACAACGCCUACACCGUAUCUGGCAUUGGGACAGCUGGCCGGCCCAGCUUGAUCACAAUGACCAGCAGAUCGUCCACCAGCUUGGGAGUAUCAGCAUAUCACUUGCUAUUACUACAGACGGGUUGUCACAAUUCAG